CAAUAGACCGUGGAAAUUAGGAAAUAUGUAUCAGAUAAGUGGCUACUUUUAAAGAAUGCACAUAGAAGUAGAAAUUAAUCUAAAUUAUAUUCUUAAAUCUGAAUCACCACACAAUGUAUGUUGCAUCCUGUAUCAGGUGUCAUUUAUAACGUAUAGGUGUAAUCCAUUAAUCUUAAUACUGGUAUAGUAUGAAACGUGUUAGUACGUAAGUAUUAAAAACGUUUUAAUAGUUUUUCGGUCCUACAAAAAGUGGUAAGCAACACGAAAAAAGUAACAAGGAAUAUGCAAGGAUGCGGGUUUUUUCUUUUCUUUUGUUUCUUCAAUACCUUUUUUGACGCCGAUGCAACGUACACGUGUUUUGUAAUUGUAAUGUAAUGAAAAAUGUAUUUGUUCUUUUCGGUUUUUUUAGAACGCUCUUUUAUGUAUGUUUAAUAAACUGUUCUGGAAUAAUUGCAGUGUAACCAUUCCAAACUAAUAAUAAGGUUUAUUAGGUUAGGUUAGGUUAACCCGGACGGCCCACAACGAGGCCACGCAUAGGCCAGUAUGGCCCUUAGUUAUCUAGAUAGGGGGGUAUGAACCAUCGCGGGAGUGUUUAUGUGGUUUUAAAGUCCUCGAGAAUCGAUGUGUUUUUAUCAUACGCCAGCAGCCAGAUGCCAGCACCGGGGCGCCCAGGUAUUUCCCCCUAAGCCUUAUGAGAGCCGGACAGUUGGAGAUGAGAUAUUCAAAUUCAGAUGAGAUAUUCAGAUAGUCACAAUGCGUUCGGUAACUUGUAAGGCUCCGGUCAAUAUUGCAAGGAUUAUUUAUUGGGGAAAACGUCAUAAAGAAUUAAUUCUACCCAUUAAUGAUUCAAUUAGUAUGGCACUUGGCACAAACGAGCUUUGCGCGAAGACAACAAUAACUGCUUCAGAAAAAUUUCAACACAAUCGAAUGUGGCUCAAUGAUGAGGAAUUGCUUUACGAGGAGGACUCUCGUCUUAUGUCAUCAUCUACUUCACCGCCAAUAAAGCGCACCCGCAACAAUGCUGGGGCAGCGAGUGAGCGCCUCUCCGACGCCCUCUCGCCUCAAUUGCUGGAGAUGCUCAAAGACCGUUUCGAGGAGCAGACCAACCAAAUUGCGUCCCAUGUCCGAAAUGCAGAGCAGCGCAUCCUCAGCAGUCUCAUGGAGCGCUUGGAUUCGAUCGCUGGUGAGGUAAAACAGAUGGGUGCCAGAGUCAUCGAUUUGGAGCGGGAAGUGGUUGAUCUCCGCUCCCAGAGGGAUCGGCUGGAUGAACGGGUUGAGCGGCUGGACCGGGAAGUGGCUGAUCUUCGCACACUGGGUGGGAGAGUGGGUGGCAUCGAAGCGAGAUUGGCAGCCGAACACAUGGCAACGAGCGCGUGUGAGCUGCGAAUCCACGGCGUUCCCUUUGUGGAGGGAGAAAAUGUGAGAGCUCUCUUCAACAAGCUCUGCUUCAAUCUACAGCUGACCCCACCACCAAGAAUCCGAGACGUAUUCAGGGCCAGACAAACACAACACUCAAAUGUCGAUCCCGUUAUAAUUGUUAAAAUGGAAAACGUCCGCGAGAAGAUCAAUCUCCUCAGUAAGAUUGGGAUUUACCGCCGCGAGAGUAAGAGACAACUGGGCUUACAGUUCUUUAGUUUCGACUCAGAAGCUGCUGUUUACGUCAACGAGCAGUUUUUAAGCGAGAACUAUAUAAUAUUCAAAGAGGCCAUGCGAAUGAAGAAGCACAAAAUUCUAGCAGCUGUCUUUACUCGGCGCGGCCUCGUGCAUGUAUGAUCCUAUGAUACAGAGAGCGUUC